AAGAAAUGUUCUUCUUACACACUUAUCAUUGUUAUAAUGAUGUCCAUGAUCAUUGUUGCAAUGAUGUUAACCGUGAGUCGCAUUGUGUAUAGGUACAGAUGGAAGCUUCGAUACAUGUACUAUGUCGCAAAAGAGAAUUAUCGGGGCCAUGCUAGAGAAAGAAAUGGUGCUAAAAAUAAACAGAGUGUGUACCGAUUUGAUGCUUUCAUCUCGUAUGCAGAAAACAAUAGAACCGAGGUUAUAAACCUUGUUAAAAUCCUUGAAGAAGAUUUUGAUCUAAAUCUGUGCAUUCAUCACCGAGAUUUCAUUCCUGGAACAGAUAUAGCCGAUUACAUCACAAAUGCUAUUCACUCCAGCAGACGAACAGUUUGCAUAAUGACGUCACACUUUCUAAAUUCAUACUGGUGCAUGUUUGAAUUAAAAAUGGCGCAAAUGGAAGCGAUAUAUUCUCGUAACGGUAAGAAUAUCUUGAUUUUGGUAGCUUUGGAAAAGAGCUCAAUGCAGAAGUUACCGCUUCAUCUGAUGGACCUUAUUGAGAGUCAAUCAUUCCUAGAGUAUCCACACGGCGAGGAAGAAGUUAUUGCUUUUCGUUCAAAACUUGGAGAUUUUCUAAAGGCAUAUGAGUUUGAGUGA